CUUUACCGGAAGCGCCCGGAACCCUGUGAGCCUCCCGUCAGUCACGCAGGGUGCGCCCUUUCCUGGCGGAGACCGGGCCCUUGUCUUCUGAUUCGUUCCCUUCCCACCUGUAGAUGGACCAGAGUUGUAGAGUGAUUGUGAGCUCGUUUCAUUCCCAGAGAACACCUCACACAGACCUGCUUCACAAUCCUCACUAAUCGGUGAAGCAGAUUAUGGAGGAAGCCGUCACCAGGAAAUUUGUUCACGAAGACAGCAGCCAUAUUGUUUCCUUCUGCGCUGCGGUGGAAGCCUGUAUCCUGCACGGGCUGAGGCGACGAGCAGCGGGCUUUCUGCGUAGCAACAAGGUCGCGGCGCUCUUCACAAAGGUGGGGAAGAGCUUCCCCCCGGCGGAGGAGCUGUGCAGGAAGGCCCAGGAGCUCGAGCAGCUCAUUGAGACAAAACGAAGCCAGAGCCUUCAGAGUCAAGACAGCAUUCGCAAGAUGCCUCGGCUGCCCAGCCUGGCCCCGCAGGGCGUCAAGAGCCUGUGGAUCCGCACGGCGCUCUUUGAGAAGGUGCUGGACAAGAUCGUCCUCUACUUAGUGGAAAACAGCAGUAAGUACUACGAGAAGGAGGCGUUUCUGAUGGACCCGGUGGACGGGCCGAUCCUGGCAUCGCUGUUAGUUGGACCCUGUGCUCUGGAGUACACCAAGAUGAAGACCGCCGACCACUUCUGGACCGACCCGUCCGCUGACGAGCUGGUGCAGAGGCACCGCAUCCACGGAGGCCACUGCCGACAGGACUCCCCCACCAAGAGGCCCGCGCUGUGUAUCCAGAAGCGCCACUCCAGCAGCAGCAUGGACGAGCGGCCCUCUCCCUCGCCCUCGGCUCGCGAAUACGUGGAGUCGCUGCACCAGAACAACCGGGCGACGCUGCUGUUCGGCAAGAACAACGUGCUGGUGCAGCCGAGGGACGACAUGGAGGCGAUCCCCGGAUACCUGUCUCUGCACCAGGCGGCCGACAUCAUGACGCUGAAGUGGACGCCCAAUCAGCUCAUGAAUGGCUCCGUUGGAGACCUGGACUACGAGCGCAGCGUGUACUGGAACUACGCCAUGACAAUCCCUCUAGAGGACAUCGUUUACGUCCACUGUCAUCAACAAGUGGACAGCGGGGGGACGGUGGUGCUGGUCAGUCAGGACGGCAUCCAGAGGCCUCCGCUCCGCUUCCCCAGAGGAGGUCACCUGCUCCAGUUCCUCUCCUGCCUGGAGAACGGCCUGCUUCCUCACGGCCAGCUGGACCCUCCGCUCUGGUCCCAGAGGGGAAAGGGAAAGGUGUUUCCUAAGCUGCGGAAACGGGUUCCUCAGGGGUCUGGUUCCACGGAGUCGUUCUCCGAUAAGGAGGAGGACGAGGCCACGGACUACGUCUUCCGCAUCCUCUUUCCAAACAGCCAGUCCGAAUUUGCGACUCAGCCGGAUCUGAUGGACCAGGGAGCCGCGCUGUGGCAUCCCACUCUCAGGAAGUCCUCGUGUUCCUCCUGCUCCCAGGGGAGCUUCUCUGAGGGGAUGACGUCCAAGGGAUGCAACCACGAGAGGACUCCACUGAAGCUGCUCUGCGACAACAUGAAGUAUCAGAUCAUCUCCCGGGCUUUCUACGGCUGGCUAGCGUACUGCCGCCACCUCUCCACCGUGCGCACACACCUCUCUGCCCUCGUCAAUCACGCCAUCGUGGCGCCGGAGGUGCCGUGCGACGCUUCCAAAGGCUUCACCGCCGACGUGUGGCAGACGUUCCUUCAGGACUGCAAGGCCUUCAAGGAGCAGGAGCUGCUGCGCCUGGUCUACUUCGGCGGCGUGGAGCCCUCGCUGCGGAAGGAGGUGUGGCCGUUCCUCCUGGGACACUACCAGUUUGGGAUGUCACAAGCAGAGCGGGACGAGGUGGACGAACGGGUCAGGGCGCUCUACGACCGGACCAUGCGCGAGUGGCUCGGCUGCGAGGAGAUCGUCCGCCAGCGGGAGAAGGAGCAGCACGCUGCGGCGCUGGCAAAGUGCUCCUCUGGGGCGAGCAUGGACGGCGCUGGUCAGAAGAUGGUGCAUCAUGACUCCACCGUCAGCAAUGAGUCCUCCCAGAGCUCAGACAGGCAGAGCCUCGCUCACCUGCAGAGCGACUCCAGCAGCAGCACGCAGUUCUUCACGUCCUCCCAUCCCUUCCCCUGGAGUAGCCUGCUUCCCUUUGGCUUGUUCUUUCAGGUGUUUGAGUCCGUGGAGGAGGUGGACCAGAUCGAGACCGAGGCCAAGAGUGAAGAGGCCAAACAGGUGCCGAAGAUGCCCAACGGAGCGCUGCAGAACGAGACCAGCUCUCCUGACUCCGGACACCCGUCCUCACGCAACUUCUCCAUUACCUCCGGCCUGUCGGACGGCUCGCUGAGCACAGAGGACGGCGCCGCGCCCGAUGCAGGCCAGAAACCUGCGUGUGUGCCCCCGGCAUCGCAGAGCCCUGUCAAACCUGCAGAGAGGGAGAGUGGAGGUCAGACAGAGGGCAAAGAUCAGGAGAAAGAGAACGCAGUCAGAGAGCAUGCCAAGGCAGAGGCUGUUCAGCCGUUAGAAGAGGGGCUGCAACCUGAAACACAAGGAGUAGAUGAGCAGUCAGAAGCCAAGAAUCUAGAGGACGCCAAGAUUGAAUAUAAAGACCAGGAUUCAAGCACUAAAGGGAGUCGAUCUAUAGAUUCUGAGGAAAAAGGAAAACGUGUUGGUACUGAUACAGAAUCCAAACGAGGCCUCGUUGAGCAAAGUGUUCACACCUCAGAAGUGAGGACUGAAGGCUCGUCGAAGCUCCUGCAAACCGAUGUGGAAAAGAAUAAAGAAGAUAAAUUAAAGACAAUUAACCCACAAGAGGUUCUACUGGUGGAAGGAAAAGGAACUGGAGUGGGAAAGGAUCUCGAUUUCCCAACAGACGUGAGGGCGUCGAGGGGAAGAGACGCGUACUUGGCCUCUCAGAAGGACGAGCCCCAGGUGAUGACGGAGUCUGAUGAGUCUCCUUCAGCCAUAGAAAUGGAGGAGAUCCCCAAAGCCAAAGUGUCCAUGGUGCCUUGGAGCAGGAAGGGACUUUGUGAAGCCUCUUCCUCUGAGGACUCAGCCCCACACGCGGAGCUCAAGCAGCAGGAGCGAGGCAAGCUCAGUCCAGAGGGCGCUGAGUCGCUCCUGUCCGAGGAGCCUGAGAUGGAGAGUCUGUACCCGCACUUCGACGCUGACGCCACGAAGGCAGUGGGCCCUCAAGGCUCCGCCGGGAGCGGCUUCUCUCAAGAACUUUUGGACUUGUACACGUUGAACCUGCACCGCAUUGAGAAGGACGUCCAGCGCUGCGACAGGAACUACUGGUACUUCACACCAGCCAACCUGGAAAAACUGCGCAACAUCAUGUGCAGCUAUAUCUGGAGGCAUCUUGACAUCGGGUACGUGCAGGGCAUGUGUGAUCUGCUGGCGCCACUUCUAGUCAUUCUAGACGAUGAGGCCAUGGCUUUCAGCUGCUUCACCGAGCUCAUGAAAAGGAUGAAUCAAAACUUUCCACAUGGUGGAGCGAUGGACACUCACUUCGCCAACAUGCGCUCUCUCAUACAGAUCCUGGAUUCCGAGCUGUUUGAACUCAUGCACCAGAACGGAGACUACACCCACUUCUACUUCUGCUACCGCUGGUUUCUCCUGGACUUCAAACGAGAGCUGGUGUAUGAUGAUGUUUUUGCUGUCUGGGAAACCAUCUGGGCGGCCAAGUGUGUCUCCUCCAGUCACUUUGUCCUCUUCAUCGCUCUGGCCCUGGUGGAGAUCUACAGGGACAUCAUCCUGGAGAACAACAUGGACUUCACAGACAUCAUUAAGUUCUUCAAUGAAAUGGCCGAGCAUCACAACAUAACGCAGAUUUUGACCCUGGCCAGAGACCUGGUGUGCAAAGUGCAGAUGCUGAUAGAGAACAAGUGAUUGUGCUUUUUUGUUCUUCUCCUUUCCUUCCAAGUCAAGUGUGAACAGCUGUAGCAGCACAAGAUUCACACACACACACACACACACACACACAGUCACACACACACAUACACACACACACACUACACAGAACCUUUACAAUCACAGGUUGCUGCUAUGAGCUUUAUUGAAUGUAUAUGUUAUUUGUGUUGUCUACAGGUGUACAAGAAUAUUACGCUUAAUAUUUGUCAGUAUAAGUUCAAGUGAAAACAAGUGUAACUUACGAACUAUUCAAUUGCUAAAUAUUUUUUGUCUGAAAUCCCAUAAGUGUAAUCUUAAUCCGAGUGCUCUUAAUAUUUUGAGAUACAGAAGGUUUUAGCUGCGCAUUUCAAACCAAAAUACGGAGUUGAAUUCAACCAGAGACUAUAUUUAUGAAAAAAAUAUAUUGUGAUAAUCGUUUAUAUAAUAUUUUAUUAGUCACUCUACAAGAUUACAGUUUACAUAUAUCAACAGUUUGCACCCAACUGCUGUCUGUUAGUAGCAGAAAGAAUGUUUAAUUUUCUUUAAGCACAAUAACUUAAAAUCAUAUAAAUUUAAAGUGAUGACUUGAUUUAGGACAUUCUUGGGCCUGCAGCUCAAAGCGAAACCAAUUUUAACAUAUUUAAGACACAACUUUAACAAUCAUAUAGCUUUUAUCACCACACCAGUGAUUUAGCAUCUGACAGUGUUUUUUAUGUGACUGAACUGCCUCGCCUGCCAAAUAGUAUGUGUUUAUUUGUUGUGUGUCUGUUGUAAUGUACUCAAAAACGCAUUUAAAUAAGGAGAGUUAAAUUAUGUUACACCUAGUAAAAUGAUAAUGUUUGAAUGAUGUAUGGAUUUCUGGGUAGAGAUUCAUAAGAAGGAAUACAUGAUUUAAUAAGUUGAGUUUUAUUUUAUUACUUUCUGGUGAGUUAGUGUAUGUUUUAUGAAUCGCUUCGUUUUUGUCUGGUGCUUGUUUUAGCUUCAGUAGGAUUGUAAAUAGGGAGACUGGACGAUGACAUGACAGUGACCAAAUACAGUGACAGAUGAAAAUGGAGGAUACAGUAUGAAUUACAAAUUUUAUUUAUUAUGUGGAAGAUGGUUUCUCUAUUUUGGUGAUCUCGGGCUUGUGAGGACACAAAGAUUUAUGACUCCCCCUUAACUUAUCACUAGUGUUCAUCUCAGUUAUUAAUAUUAAUUCCUGCCUAACUUUACUCACUUAUUAUUUAAGUGUUGUUUUCCAGAUGUGGUGAGAUGAAUUACGUUUAAUACUGAUGUCCCGUGAAUGCUUUCUGCUUACUCAAAACCUAUUUUAAAUUAUGGUAACAUUUAAUGCAAAUGUAUUUAUUUAUUUUCAGUUAAUUUCAGAUGCUGCUUUGUUUGUAAAGCCAAUUACCUUAUUUUGUGGCAAGUUCGAAAUGUGUAUCAGAUUCUUUAUAUACAUGUAUAUAAGCUAUAUACGUGUGUAUAUAUAUUAAAUGGUUUAUGUUUUUGUAAUAAAAAAUUAAAAUGGAA